AUGUUGAAGAUGCUGUUUGAAGAGCCUCGUUCUGACAUGCUCAUUGCUGCGGAUCGUUUGGCUGGUGAGUUUCGCAACUCGCCAUGGAAGGUGGUUGCGAUGUCGCAGAAUUUCCAAACAUACGGCAUGUGGGCCGUCAUGGGGCAUCACUUGUUUAGGAUUCUGGCGCACAGGGAUGCUGAGGGUCCUAUGCCCAACUAUUUGGAUGUUUUUUUGGGGUUAAUCCGCAAGCUUGAAAUGGUCAAGACCAUGUCCAGCUUGCUGAGCGGCUCAUGA